AUGGUUGAAGAUGCAAGACCUACUCCUGUUAUUAUUUUAACGUAUGCUAGGAGUGGCUCCUCCUUUCUAGGAGAUAUAAUACGACAAGCAGAAGAAGUAUUUUAUGUGUUUGAACCAUUACAUUUCUUAGAUCAUCACAUACAUUUAGACAGGUUGACAUUUUUUAAUGGAACUACACGAACUAGUUACCAAUAUUCAGUACUUGUCAACAACAUCAUCAGUAGCAUUUUUACCUGUCAGCUCAUCAAUCUACCUUUAGAAUUCUGGCAUGGAAAGUUUGUUGAUAUGCACGGGUACCAACUGCAGACAUUUCUAACAAAAUUCAAAUCUGAGCGAUCAGCAAGAUAUUCGAAACAAAUGGAAUUUAAAAUUGCUAUUCAGAUCUUACAACUUGAAUGCAUCAAAUCAAAAGUUGUUGUAAUAAAAACAAUCCGUGCGUCUUUAUUUCUUGUACAAGGACUAUUCUCACAAUUAGAACGUUUAAAGACAUUACAUCUCGUGCGCGAUCCACGACCGACGAUAAUUUCCCAGAAAAUUUAUAUCAACGAUUUUGAUUCUGUUUCAGAUUAUGCAGCCAAUCUGUGUUUUCGAAUUUCAAAUGACAUUUCGAUGUCAAACCUUCUCACAGUCUUAUAUCCUUCAAGUAUUGUUCGAAUACGGUAUGAAAUUUUAACAACAAAACCCGUUGAUACCUCAAAAAAUAUAUACCAGUUUUUGAACCUUACAUUCACAAAAAGAAUUAAAUAUGUAAUUUGGAAAAAGACGUCGUCUGGAAUAUCAGGAAAGGGUCCACUGAACACUGUGAAAGGAAACUCGACAGAAAUGGUCAAUGCAUGGCGUUUGUCGGCCAAUCAUUCGUUUGUGAAAAGUAUUGAUAAAAAAUGUCAAUAUCUAUACAAAAAACUUGGGUAUAUUCAAAUUUCUGACAUAGCUAUGUUGAAAAAUACGUCGGUAGCUUUAUUUUUACCAUAG